ACAAAAGUUUCAACGUUCCAAGAGGCGCGUUCCACGGGCGCCGAUUGGAGGAGCUCGGCGGAGCCGCGUGACCGCCAGCCAAUGGCAGGCCGCGCAGAGCCUGGUUGUAAUGUUUCGGACGGGGGACGGCGACUUCGCGGCAGCCUCGGCGGACGGAGCAGCGGCCAGACGCCCCCGGGCCACGGAAAGGAUGCUAGUGCGUUGCUAGAGCACUUCAACAAUGAGUGACGACGCGGAGAGAAAACCGUCUGGCUCCGUGGAAGAAGAGCGGAAUUACUGGAAGGAGCUGGCAGCAAAAUAUAAACAAUGCGCCGAGAGUGCCCAGGAGGAACUGCGGGAGUUCCAGGAAGGGAGCCGGGAAUACGAAGCCGAGCUGGAGAUGCAGCUGCAGCAGCUGGAGUCCCGGAACAGAGACCUCCUGUCCGAGAACAACCGGCUGCGGGUGGAGGUCGAGUCCGUUAAGGAGAAGAUCACGGCCCAGCACUCCGAGGGCUACCAGCAGAUCUCCACCCUGGAGGAAGAGCUGGGCCAGACGAGAGCCAUCAAGGACCAGCUGCAGAAGUACAUCCGGGAGCUGGAGCAAUCCAACGACGACCUGGAAAGGGCAAAGAGAGCCACGAUAAUGUCUUUAGAAGAUUUUGAGCAGCGGAUGAACCAGGCCAUUGAAAGAAAUGCGUUCCUAGAGAGCGAGCUGGACGAGAAGGAGAAUCUCUUGGAGUCGGUGCAGCGACUGAAAGAUGAAGCCAGAGAUCUGCGUCAAGAGCUUGCUGUGCAGCAGAAGCAGGAGAAGCCCAGGGCCUCGGCAGAAGCGGCGCUGGAAUCGGAGCGGAUGGAUACAGCUGUGCAAGCGACGCUAUCUGGGCCUUCCACUCCCUCGGCCCGUCGGGGGCCUGGUGUUGGAAUGAGCACCCCAGGAACAUUCCGGAGAGGCUUUGAGGACGGCUACAGCGCAACGCCCCUGACACCAGCAGCGCGGAUAUCGGCACUCAACAUCGUGGGGGACCUGCUCCGCAAAGUUGGGGCGCUGGAAUCCAAGCUGGCCUCCUGUCGAAACUUUGUGUAUAGCCAGGCUCCGUACCGAACCACACCAGUCUGCCUGGGCGUAGAAGCCUUUGAGCGGCAGCUGAGAAGCCCCUACGCUCCCCAAGGGAUGGCCAAGCGACUGGAUCUGGGGCCGCCGCGACCAUCACACCUCGCCGGACCGGGAGGCCUUCCUCCCCAAGGGGUCGUCCAGAUGCUCCUCUGAGGGACGGCGAGGCCAAGGCGUUCUCCGUCGUACAGAGGCCUGCUCCUCUGUCAGUUUCUAACGGGACACCAACGCCCAGUCCUGGCCCACUCACCUGUGG